CGCAAUGGGUGGGUGUCUGUCGACGGAAGCGUUCGACAACGCGGUACUCGUGCCGCACAAAACCGUGUCGAUCGUGCAUCCCAAGUUUGCGUCGCCAGUCCCCGUGACGCUCAGAAUCAAGGAGAAGAUGUGGUCAUGGUCCGGCGACGAUUUCUCAAUCAAGGACGUCCACACGGACGUGCCAUACUUCAAAGUGGACGGGUCGGCGUUUUCGUGGCGCGAGAAGAAAACGCUCCGCGAUUACCAAGGCAACGUCCUCGCGUACAUGGAAGAGCCAAUGAUGUCGUUUACGAACCGACAGGAAGUAUUUACACCUGACAUGCGCAAGUGGUUUGACAUCACCCCUCGGAUCACCAUGUUCGAGAACGUGCUCGACUGCCACGUCGUCGACUGUACGACUGGACAGCGUUAUUCGUUUGGCAUCAGUGGUGACUGGCUCGUUCACAAAUCCGUCAUCACGUGCGACGGAGUGCCCGUGGCCAAAGUGAGCCGGCUCAUGAGCUUUACCGACGAGUACUGCGUCGAGAUUGCUUCAGGUAUCGACAUGGCGUUCAUCGUGCUGCUCUGUGUUGCGUUGGAUGAAGCCGGGUCCGACUAGUCGAUACGGCGUCCAAACCACUCGGAGCACCGACUUCUCUCAUGUUGUAUUUAAAAAUUAACCUCGUGACCGAUGAACAACGCACGUCACGUGUGCAAAUACGCCCG